AUGGAUUCUAUUCUUCGUCUUGCCCGCUUGGUCGGCGCACUUUGCCUCCUGGUGGGGCUUUUUACCCGGGCAGUAUACGCCGCUCCCCUCGCCGCUCCCGUUGUUGCGCCGCGGGCUUCGAGCAAUGGCCCGCUGGUCUUUGCCCAUUUCAUUGUCGGCACUGUUGCGAAUCGCCAAACCGCCGGCGACUGGGAUGUGGAUAUGCAGAGCGCAAAGGCGGCCGGCAUUGAUGCUUUUGCCCUGAACAUUGGCCUUGACAGCUACAACACGAAGCAGUUAGACAUCGCCUACCAGAGCGCCGCUAACAACGGCCUCAAAGUCUUUAUAUCUUUCGACUUCAACUACUGGUCGACUGGCAACCCCUCGGCUAUAGGACAGAUGAUCGCCAGGUACGCGUCCAACUCGGGCCAGCUCAUUGUCGACAACAAGGUCUUCGUCUCCUCCUUCCUCGGCGACGGACUCAACGUGGGGGCCGUGAGGUCGGCUGCUGGCGUUCCCAUCUUCUUUGCCCCCAACUUCAACCCAUACAAGACGGGGUCCUCAGACGGCCUUGAUGCCGCCUUCAACUGGAUGGCUUGGAACAGUAACGGCAGGAACAAGGCCCCGUCUCCCGGCGCGCUUAUGACUGUGCAGGAUGGCGACAACGCCUACAAGAACUGGCUGGGAUCCAAGCCCUAUGUCAGCCCUAUAUCGCCGUGGUUCCACACCCACUACGGCCCCGAGGUGUCUUACAGCAAGAACUGGCUCUUCCCCUCCGACACUCUGUGGUACGACCGCUGGAACACGCUCCUGCAGUCCAAGCCCAGGUUUAUCGAGAUCGUCACCUGGAAUGACUGGGGCGAGUCCUCGUAUCUUUCGCCGCUGUCUGCUUCGCACCACGACGACGGCAACUCCAAGUGGGCCAACGACAUGCCGCACGAGGCGUGGUUGGACAUGGCCAAGCCCUUCAUUUCCGCCUACCACGCCGGGGCGAGCAAGCCCGACAGCUAUAUCAAAGAGGACCAGAUAGUGUACUGGUUCCGUCAGAACCCCAAGGGUCUGAACUGCGAUGGCACCGACACCACCAUGGGCCCAGCGAACAACGCCAGCGGCGACUACUUCAACGGCCGCCCUAAUGGCGCGGAUGGGGUGGAGGAUUCCAUUAUUGUCGUCUCUCUCCUGACGGCCGCGGGAACCGUGUCGGUCACAUCUGGCAAUAAGGCGACCGUAACGUACAAUGCCCCUGCCGGCGCCUACCUCCAGAAGAUCCCCAUGGGCGUGGGCAGUCAAUCGUUUGAGCUCACACGCGGCGGCAAGUCGAUCAUUGCCGGCACGUCGCCAAAGGAGGUGAGCGGGAGCUGCAUCUGCGGCAUUUACAACUUCAACGCCUUUGUCGGCAAGAUUCCAGACCAGGGGUUCGGCACCCUGAACGCCGUGGGCGCCGCUUCCCUGACCCAGGGCUUGCGCGUGGCAACGUGCCAGCCCCAAGCUACUCUGAAUGGCCAACCGGCGGCCGGAGCCCCUCCGCGGCAGACGCAAGCUCCUGCUAACCCGAGUCCUUCGGCUGCGGGUCCUUCGCCUACUUCCACCGCUGCUCUCCCUAUUCCCACACCUACUACGUCCAUCGCAAUUGUCAAGCCCAACGCCGCCAGUGGUUGCAAUGGCGGCACGGUAGCCGCCGGGUUGUCUGGAAACUUCAUCGGGCUGUGCCAAUUCUCGUGCGCGCUGGGAUACUGCCCGGCCGGGGUCUGCGUGUGUACCUCGAACGGGUCUCCCAGUUGGAACGCCGUGGUCUCCCAGCCGGGGGGUUGCCCGAAGCCCGGCAUGAGCGACGGAUACGCAGGCUUGUGCUCCUUCACAUGCGCCCGUGGCUACUGCCCCGACUCGGCUUGCCAGCCGAACUGUUAA